AGUGUGCCCAGGCUGUUGUUUUGUGUUGUCGUCCUAUUAUGGUUUGGGUGUUUUCUUCGUCUUUCAAAAUUCCAUCUCUAACAACACGCCCUCGUUACUCGUUAGUCUCAGCUACCUAAGGCCGCGUUUGCCUCUGUUGGAACUGGAAAUGGAGGAAGAAGAACCAGUGAAAACGACGACGCAUCAACAUGAACCUCGAAAGUGUUCUGAGAAGAAGACCGUGAGUGUGAGUGUGAGGGGUGAGAUUGAUACUUCUGUGCCCUUUGAAUCUGUGAAGGAGGCAGUUACUCGAUUCGGUGGCAUCGGUUUCUGGAAGCCUAUUAUUCCUUCUCUUCCGCUUCCUUUUCAUUCUCACCAUCAGCACGGCGGAGAAGAGGUGGACGGUGCAAAACUGGAGGAGCAGGCCAUGGUGUUGGAGAAAGAAUUGAUCCUCAAAGAGAGGGAAACUCUUGAUGUGUUAAAGGAAUUGGAGAGUACCAAAAGGCUUGUUGAAGAUUUGAGAACAAAGCUACAGAAGGAGGAAGCCGAAGCCAAAGAGAAUGAAGAAAAUGUGUUGGAUGUUAGAAAGCAACAAGCUUCUAAGGAAGGUUUUAUUCCCUGCCCUUCGUCUUCUCCGGCUUUGAUACUAAUGGAAUUGAAGCAGGCCAAGUUGAACCUAACAAGAACUACUAAUGAUCUUGCUGAUGUUCGAGCUUCUGUCGAAUCGCUUAAUAAGAAAUUAGACAAGGAAAGAAUCUCGCUUGAGAGAACCCGCGAGAGGCUUAGUCAGAAUUCAUUGAAAAUAUCUUCUCUUGAAGAAGAACUUAAACAGACCAGACUUAGAAUAGAACUGGCAAAAGAUGCUGAAAUCAAGUGUGUUUCCGGUGACCCUUCGGAUAUCACGAGAGAGCUCCAUCGAUUGAGUUCUGAGACAGAGCAUUUCAAGAAAAUUGGAGAAGCCGCCAAGUCAGAAGUUUCGAGGACAAUGUCUGAGAUUGAACAGACUAGAAGUAUGAUAACAACUGCAGAAAUUAGAUUGGUUGCUGCCAGGAAAAUGAAGGAAGCUGCUAGAGCCGCUGAAGCAGCUGCCAUUGCAGAAAUCAAUGCUUUAUCUAAUCAUGAGAUUGAGAAUUCACCCGAAAAGCAUGAUGGUGUUACUCUUUCAUUUGAAGAGUAUACUUCUCUUGCCUGCAAAGCUCAAGAUGCUGAGGAACAAUACAAGAAGAAAGUUUUCAGUGCCAUGCUUGAAGUUGAUGAGGCGAAUUUGGAAAAAGAGAAAAUCUUAAAGAAGGCAGAGGAAGCUUUGGAAGAAUUGAAAUCCAGCAAGAAGGUCCUUGAUGAAGCUUUGGAAAGGGUCGAGGUGGCGAAUAGAGGGAAGCUAGUGGUAGAGGAGGCUCUAAGGAAGUGGCGGUCCGAGAGUCACAAGAGACGCUCCUCGGUACAAAAUUCUACCAAGUUCAAGACCUCUUAUCCAUCUCACCAUCAGAGAGAAUCAAUAUUACUUGAUGUGAAUGGAUUGAAUAUUGUAAAUGAUGAAACCAAGCCGGUUCUUAAGCCAACGCUAUCAAUAGGACAAAUACUGAGCCGGAAGCUGCUUCCGCCACAAGAUAUUGAAUCCAUGUUGCCUGGAGAAAAAAGCUCUGUGAAAAGGAAGAUGUCAUUGGGUCAGAUGCUUGGCAAACAAAAUUCUGAUUCAUCCAUUGAUACACAAAUUGAGAAAGAAAAUGGACAGAAGCAGUUUUCUUCCAAGAGAAAGAAAUUUGGGUUUGUGAGAUUCUCACUUCUCUUAAGAAGAGAAAAAAAGGUUUAUAUUAUACUUGUUUUAACAGGGAAGGAAUAUUACUCAGAAGAAACUAGAAACAUGGAAGGGAAAAUGGGACUCUUGUUCCUUGUCAUGUUGUGUUCUGCCUGGGCUUGUGGUGCAAGAGAAUUGCCAAACUCGGCGAAUUCUGAAUUGAGUAAAAAACAAGAUGUGUGUACACUUUGUGCGGAAUAUGCUGCCAAGGCACUUGAAUAUCUAAACCAAAACAAGACUCAGAGUGAGAUCAUUGAAAUCCUUCACAACACUUGCACCCAGCUUCACUCUUUCGAGCGCAAGUGUGUCACUUUGGUGGAUUAUUAUGCUCCACUUUUCUUUUCCGAAAUAGCCACAAUUAGUCCUGGAGAAUUCUGCCACAAGGUCAACCUCUGCGAACGCACUGCGAAAAUUUCACUACAAAUUCAAGAAAAUAGCUGCGAUUUUUGCGAAGAUGCUAUGUCAGCUCUAUUGGCUAAGCUGAAAGAUCCUGACACUGAGCUGGAAGUCAUUGAGACGUUGCUGAAGGUAUGCGAUACGGUCGACAAGUAUGCGAAUAAGUGCAAGAGGAUGGUUUUCGAGUAUGGACCAUUGAUUUUCAACAAUGCUCAGAAGUUCUUGGAGAAAACAGAUGUAUGCACUGCAUUACAUGCUUGCAAGGAUGAUAUAGCAGUUAGCCAAAAAGCCCUUCUUUCUGACUCUUAAAUUCUUAUUGAAAAAAAGAGUGUUCUUCUGAAUUUGUGGCGUUCUUAUUAGGGUAAAGAUUGCUAUUAACCCUUCAUAAGCGAGAGAGCCAGAGUUUAAAUUUGAUGCAUUGUCGCUGUUCAGCAAAGUUUGUUACAUUGUUACUCUACUUUCAAUAUAGUAGUUUGUCAUAGUUAACUAUCUCAAAUGAUUUAAUAAUUUGUGCUUACAUGGUGGAGUAUCAAAAGUAAAACAUUAUAUGUUGUAUUUAAAUUUAUGGAAAUUAAAAUCUUUCUUGCCUUCAAUUCA